AUGUUACUGCGGUUUAGACAACAGAAGAUUGCAUUAGCAGCCGACAUUUCCAAAAUGUAUCAUCGUAUAGCGAUUCCUGAAACAGAUCAGCAUGUUCACAGAUUCUUGUGGCGUGACUUUGACCAACGCAAGAAACCAGACAUAUAUGUGAAAACCAAUGUAACGUUCGGUGACAAGCCUGCCCCAGCGAUGGCUCAAGUUGCAUUACAAAAAACGGCCAAGGUGAAUGAAGAAACCUACCCGGUAGCCGCUAAAAUUAUUGAAAACGACAGCUAUAUGGAUGACAUACUGACUUCUGUACCAGAUGUGAACACAGCCGAGAAUUUUACCAAAGAAAUAGACACUGUUCUAGCAAGUGGAGGAUUUAAGGUAAAAGAAUGGGUAUCGAAUGGAAAACCUACCAAUCCAGACAUUAACCAGCAACCUGACAACAAACCUGUGACUGAUUCAUCUGAACAGAAAGUGUUAAGUGUAGUUUGGAAUCCUAACAAUGACCUAAUAUUGUAUAAAGUCAAACCAGCCAAAUUCCACGAGAAGUCAUUAACUAAGAGAAUGGUACUCAGUGAAAUUGCCAAGGUCUUUGAUCCGAUUGGAUUUGCAACUGCGUUUCUCAUAAAUGGAAAGAUUAUGAUGCAAAAACUAUGGCAACGAGGGUAUGGUUGGGAUGAUGAUUUAGCUGAAGUUGAGAAAGCUGAAUGGAGAAAGUUUUUCAAAGAACUGCAAGAAUUAGAUUGUACUUUAUUCCCGAGAUGUUUAUUACCAGUCCAUUCAAGUAAAGCAGCUGAACUGAUUAUUUUCUGUGACGCCUCAGAAGAUGCAUUCGGCAUAGUAGUAUACACGAGAUGGGAAGACUUUAAUGGUGAUGUUGGAGUAAGAUUCAUUUCAGCCAAGUCCCGAGUAGCUCCAGUAAAACACCUAUCUAUGCCUCGUUUAAAGUUACAAGCCGCUGUUAUGGCAUCGAGACUGUAUGCUACGCUUAAGGAAGAGAUGUCUCUGAAAUUUGAUAGAGUUAUAUUCUUUUCGGACAGUAUCAUCGCUUUGUCAUGGAUACGUGGUCAGUCUAGACUCUACAAGUUAUUUGUUGCUAACAGAGUUGCUGAAAUUCAGAACCAAACCGAUCCGGCAGACUGGCGUCAUAUACCUGGAGAACAUAACAUUGCCGAUCAAGUGUCCAGAGGGAUUAAAGUCAAAGAUUUGGAACAUGACUGGAGGAAUGGACCUGCUUUUCUGAAGCUUCCAGAAGAACAAUGGCCGAAAUCUAUUCCGAAGACAGAUGUCAAAGAACUUGACAAAGAAAAGAAGAAGGAGAAAACCAUUUUGAUAGUAAAUGCAGAAGACAAGAAGGCUAUCGACUGUAAGAAAUAUUCUAGUUGGAGAAAGCUGAUACGAGUUACAGCGUACGUGUUUAGAUUUAUUUCUAAUAUGAAAGCUAAGUGCAGAGUAGAAGAUGGAUCACUGUCAACCAAUGGGUUAUCCAUUGCUGGAGACUAUUGGAUCUUCGAAGCUCAAAAACAUAUCCAUGGUAAAGUUCAAAGGGUUGAAUUUAAAUCAUUAAGUCCCUUUGUGAAAGAUAAUCUGAUACAUGUGGGUGGAAGAGCUGAUAAUGGAACAUUAUCAUAUGAACAACGACAUCCUGUUCUACUACCUAGAGAUGACCACAUCUCAUACUUGAUAACUAGAGAUGUACAUGAACGAGGACAUUAUGGAAUUGCUGCAACUGCUGCAAAGGUUCGAAGCAAAUAUUGGAUAGUAGGAGUUACCAGCCUUGCUAAGACAGUGAAAUUCCGAUGUGUGAAAUGCAGAAAGUUUAAUCACCGUGUUGAAACACAAUUGAUGGCGGAACUACCUGCAGAAAGGAUGACUCCGUUUACACCACCGUUUUAUUAUACUGCAUGUGACUACUUUGGCCCAUAUAAUGUCAAAAUAGGAAGACGUAAGACAGCAAAACAUUACGGUGUUAUAUGUACAUGCCUGAAUACCCGAGCAGUACACCUAGAAGUCGCCACUGAUUGUUCAACGAUGGAGUUCAUGCAAAAUGGAUGUGCAGAAGCGUUCGUGAAAAGCUGUAAGUUAGCGCUGAAGAAAGCCGUAGCUGAGCAGAAAUUAACACCAUUUGAACUUCAUACAUGUUUCCAGGAGAUAGCUAACCUUGUAAAUGAACGACCGAUUGGGCGUAUACCCAAUGAUCCAGAUGACGGUAAAUACAUCUGUCUCAAUGACAUUCUGUUAGGACGUGCAUCCAGUAGAGUACCGCAAGGACCAUUCCGUCCAAGCAAGAACCCAAGAGACCGACUUGAAUUUGUACAGAAGAUAGUUGACACGUUUUUGAAUUUGUACAGCAGAUAG